CAUUGACAGAAGUGUUGCGAGUGAUUUCAGCGUUGAGCUUGAAAUGAGUUGACUUUCGUGACGUUUGAUGGACUUCAAAGGCUCUUUUGCGGUGCUGUGACAGACGUCUCUCUUUGAAGGAACUGUGGGCGUCCUUAGGUUUAUGCCCUCAGUGCCCUUAGGGAAGACGAGCGUGUCGCCCUCUAAAUUCAUCGUGUGAAAAAAAAAAACCACCACUAAGCCCGAGCAAGAAGGAUUUUCUUAACUGAGACAGGGUUAGGUUUUCUUCACUUUAGGUUAGGUUUUCUUCACUUCAUCUCAUCACCUGCUGGACAAUGAACUACCAAAGAGCACUGCAUCACUCGAAGAUGAUCUUAAAGAAAGGGAGCAUUGACAUGGAUAAAUUCCUGGACAAUAUGACGCUUGACGGACUCACCUCAGUCACGAAAGAGUGGGAAUUGAAGCAGAUCGGCACCUACACGAAGCAGAUAGAUGAAACCUUCGCCUCCCUCCAGAAAGAAAAUCCUCAAAGGGUGUAUGAGAGUGUUGUAGAGAUCCUGAGGAAAAUGAAGAGAGAGGAUAUCAUUAAACAAAUUCAAGACACUCUAGAUGCAGAGGUGCGUCGAAGUUCACCUUCAAGCCACGAAGCCAUGAUGAAUGCAAGUUCAUCUCAAUUUCCAAAUUCUGAAGAGCAGACGAACGAACGGCAAUCAUGGGACGGAAUAAGAGAUAAAUGGCUGAAGCUACGGGAUGAUUAUAACGUGGAGCUCCUUGAGUUACUUCGAAAAUUGGAGGAGAAGAGGGCCGUGAUUGCCAUCGAGGCGAAGCAGAUCCGUGACACAGGGAACAUGAAGCACCAAUAUGAUCAGUUACUCAACGUCCUCACCUCCAAGAAUCCACAUAAAUAUGUCCCUAUAUUCCUUCAGGCACUCACUGAAAUUGACAGACAGGAUGCCAGGGACUUCCUGGAAGGUGGGAACGGAUUCGAGGGAUCAAAUCGGAUCGGGCCAACUUGUUUGAAAUUCAUCAAUCCGGAAGAAGAUUGUCAAUAG